AUGGAAGAUGAGAACUUCGUGCCUUCAGGAGGUGAGAACAUGGAAAAUGAGAUAGCAAAUGAUGUUGGUAUGCAGUUUCCUGAUGACAAACAAGUUUAUGAUUUUUAUGUGAAAUACGCGUAUGCCGCGGGUUUUCCUGUGAGAAGAAGAAGUUCGAGUAAGGAUGAUGAUGGCAUUCUGAGGUAUGUCACGUUCACGUGUAGUCGUGAGGGACGGAAACAUAGUUCUACAGGAACUUGCAUGAAGCCGCAACCAAUAAGUAAUACAGGCUGUAAAGCUAGAAUAUCUGCAUCAUUGGAUAUACAUGGUUACUGGAAAAUAAAUAAUAGAAGUUCAAACCGAGUUUACAGGAAAGGUUAUUGUGAUCUCACAUCCACAGUAGACGAGAAUACAGGGACGAGGUAUGAGGUAUGUGAAGAUGUAUUUUGCGGCGGUAAAAGGAAGAAAAAAAAUAUUUCUGGUAUGUAUCGAGGUAUAUUGUGCAGACAUGCCAUCACAGUUAUAAUACGUAAUGAUGUUACUGUGGUGCCUGAUCGCUGCAUACUUUGA